AUGCAAUUGUUGACGCGUCCUCCCAAAAAAACUUCGAUCCCGAUGGAAAACGUCUGCUCCAAGCUGUUCGCCAUCGUGCGCUGCGUCUGCGUGCUGACCGUCUUGAUCCUGCCCCUGGAGUACAUCAUCUACAACGACUUCUGGGGGCUCACCGAGAGCCCUUUCGCCUGGUGGGCUGCCCUCCGCUUCAUCCAGUGGCAAAUUUUGCUAAACGUGCUCGCCAUCUGUUGGGCCAGAUGCGUUGAGCCGGGCGGCGUCACGUCGGCGCGGCUGGUGUUGGAGAAGCCGUUGCUGCUUUUGUUUGAAAAGCGUUGCGAGCUGAUUCUGGCCAUCUACGUCUACAUCGGGACCGCCAUCGGGAUCUCGUUCGUGCUCGGACAACAUCAAAAGCAAGAAAAAGCGCUCCACCACGACGAUGAGAACUACACGUCGACGGGUGUUGCUCAGCUGUUCUCAGAUGUGGUGGUCGGCUACUUCUACCUGUUCACCUCGAUCUUCAUCACCCGCCGAGCGCCCUCCUGGGCCGACCUCUUCCACUAUACGAGCACAAUCUGGCUGUUCAUCAACAUCAUCGGCAGUUUCUUGGAUGUGCUUGGCCAGUUUGUCCGCCUGGCCUGCGUCGACGAGGAUGACGAGCUGUUCAACCAUGUCGCCCCGCAGGAUCGGACAUUCAAGUCUCGCCUAAUCGCCCUGAUGGGAUCUGGGAGCUGGCUGAGGCAGUUGAGCAACUUCAUCGUCCCGUUUUUCGACUACCAGAAGCGCUCAACAACCGACGGCUCGUUCGAAGUC